UGCAGCCUUCAGGUCUAUUAUGAUCUACUUACAUAUUGGACACGCGAGCCCCCGAAAUCCUUGACCGGACACAUUUGGCGACCACACCAAUUCCCAACAGCAGCCCACGAAGCUGGAUCAUUGCCCUUGAGGCAAUCAGUAACUUUCCUGUGAUCACAGUGCUUGUCGCGGAAUCUUCAGAACCUAGCACGUUGUACUCAUCAUUUGUUUAAUACAUAGCCCCCAGGUCUAUUACGACCUACGCAUUGGACACGGAAGCCCUCGAAAUCCUCGACCGGACGCAUACUACACUAGAGCCAACAUGGACACGGGUCGUUUAGAAAAGAUGGAUAUUGACUAUUCCAGCACAGUUGAUGAAUUAUUAUCGGCAUUAACGUCCACGGCAAACGUGGGUAGUUUUUGCAAUUUCAUGCUUUUUAGGAACUUGUAAUUGACAACGCUAUGGAACAAUGCAUCUCGCUGGAAAAGCAAACGAGAAUGGCUUCCGAUGCGAUUUCCACAGGUCGUUUGCUUGAGUUCAUGGUUGAACUUUUGGCUAAUGCCGGAAGGUGGGAUCAAUUGAACAAUCAUUUGGAAACAAUGACAAAGAAGCGGAAUCAGCUGAAACAGGCUGUCGCUAAAAUGGUGCAAAAAGCGGUUACAUACGUGGAUCAAAUUCCUGUUGAGGAGACCAAACUCUCCCUUAUUGCAGCUUUACGCAAGGUCACUGAGGGAAAGAUAUACGUUGAAGUAGAGCGUGCUCGCCUCACCAAGGAACUAGCACGUAUCAAAGAAUCUCACGGUCAAAUAGAUGAAGCUGCUUCUGUACUACAAGAAUUACAGGUUGAAACUUAUGGGUCCAUGGAAAAGCGAGAGAAGGUUGAGUUCAUGCUAGAACAGAUUCGACUUGGGCUGGCCAAGAAAGAUUACAUCAGAACCCAAAUUAUCAGCAAAAAGAUUUCACCAAAAUUUUUCAGUGACGGUGCUCAUGAAGAUCUGAAAUUGAAAUAUUAUCACCUUAUGAUCGAGCUAAGUUUACAAUCAGAUCAAUACUUGGACGUCAGCAAAUUUUACUGGGAAGUUUACAACACCAAAAGCAUUCAGGAAGACGAUGUAAAACGGUUCCUGGCUCUUAAACACGUCGUCGCAUAUUUGCUUUUGGCUGUUUACGAUAACGAACAGCACGAUUUGAUGUGCAGGAGAAAGUUGGUGAAAGACAUGGAAAAAAUCCCAAGUUACCUUGAAUUGUUGAAAGCCUUCACGAUCCCCGAACUUCUCCGAUGGGAUGAAUUUUGUGCUCGCUACGAAACGAUUCUCCGGACUGAGACUGAUGUUUUCUCCAAUGAGCAGUCACCAGAGAAAGCGGAAAAACGAUGGGAAGACCUGCAUUCUCGUUUAAUAGAACGUAAUAUCAGAGUGAUCGCGGGUUACUAUACGAAGCUCCGGCUGAAACGCAUGGCCGAAUUGCUGGAUUUAAAUAUCGAGCAAACGGAGAAGUAUUUAUCGGAUCUGGUCGUGAGCAAAGUGGUUACUGCCAAAAUCGACCGCUUAGAGGGAAUAGUUCACUUCACUGAGUCAAGAACGCCAACAGAGAUCCUGAACGACUGGUCACGUAGCACCAAAAACCUAAUGAUUUUGAUCAAUCAAGCAACUCAUUUGAUUAACAAGGAACGAGUUCUACAUGCCAUGUAAUGUUUUAUAAUAACCCAUCAUUUAGCAAUGACACGAUAUUUUUCUUCCACAUGAACACCGAAAUGCUCUCCUUUUUCCUGAUUUUUGUUGGAUGGUUCCCCCACUACUGUAUUACCUUUACUUUGGUUACAUAGUUCAGGUACUUCACGUAAACCGGAGUCCGAG